AUGUGGUAUCAGCCAAUAAUUGUUUUACUAGUUGCCGGUGUACCCUAUUUCUUUAGUCUCGAUGGUGACUUUGUAUUUGAUGAUACUGAAGCGAUUUUGAAAAAUGACGACGUCACAUCAAAUUCGUGGACAGACCUCUUUCACCACGACUUUUGGGGAUCUAGGAUUGACAAUGCUUUUAGCCACAAAUCAUACAGGCCACUAACAAUAAUAAGUUUUAAGUUGAAUUAUUUGUUCAAUAGUGAACGACUUUCUGCACCACAAUUUAAAAUUACAAAUUGUUUAUUGCAUAUUACAUGUUGCCUAUUGUUGUGGACAGUUUACAAGACUCUUUUACUAAGACUGAAAUUAAAUAAUAACUACUUAAAUGUGGAAUUUCUGGCAGCGCUGUUAUUCAGCAGCCAUCCAGUGCAUGUUGAAGCUGUGUCCGGUAUUGUUGGAAGAGCUGAUAUUUUAGCUGCUAUAGCAUUUUUUAUAUCAUUUCUUAUGUACGACAGAGCUAUGAAUGAUUGUUGGAUGUCUAUUUAUUAUCUAUCCUCAUCAUUUUUAUUUGCUGGAAUUGCUAUGUUGUUUAAGGAGAAUGGAGUUACUGUUCUGGGCUUUUGUGUUAUUUAUGAACUAGUUGUGAAAAUUAAAACAGCUAAAAGUACUGGCAAAACAGCCUUCAUAUACACAUUGGAUCUCCUAAACAGAUACACUAUAAUAAGAUGGAUCUCAACCACAAUCACUGUAUUUUGUUUCCUUUAUUUGCGAUGGAUUAUAAUGGGUAGGGCAAAACCUGAAUUCAAAGCGACAGAUAAUCCAGCGGCAUUUUCCAGUGAUCUAUUUACAAAUCUAGCUACCUAUAAUUAUAUUUAUUUCAUAAAUAUUUUACUCUUGAUGUGGCCCAAAUGGUUAUGUUAUGAUUGGUCCAUGGGAUGUAUUCCUUUGAUAGAAGAUUAUUCGGACUAUAGAAUAUUCUUUGUUGUCACUUUAUAUGUAUAUGCGUUUCUAAUCAUUUGGUAUCUUUUAAAAUCAGGACGUAUAUCCAAUUUUUUAAGUUUCAGGCUCGUCAUUUUGUCACAGAGUCUAUUCGUUAUACCGUUCCUGCCAGCUUCAAAUCUUUUUUAUGCGGUUGGUUUUGUGAUUGCUGAAAGGAUUUUAUAUAUACCGUCAGCGGGAUAUUGCUUACUGGUUGUUAUUGGCCUUCAAAAAAUUCUUCUAAGGCUUAAAUCAAAAAACUUAAGAAGGAUAAUGAUCUCCAUAUUUCAUUUCGUCAUAUUAAUGUACGCCCUUCGGAGUAUGCAGCGAGCGUCCGAGUGGCAAACGGAAUACAAACUGUUUACAAGUGGCCUGCUAGUCUGCCCUUUGAACGCUAAAGUACAUUACAAUGUAGCUAAGGUUGCAGAUGCGAAAAAUAAUGUCUCAUGGGCAAUGGCAGAAUAUCAAGAAGCCAUAAGAUUAUAUCCUGAUUAUUAUCAAGCUAUGAACAAUUAUGCCAUUUUACUGAAGAAUCACAAACAGUUCAGCGAAGCAGAGUUCUAUUUAAGAAAAGCAAUUUCUUUAAAGAACGAUUUUCCGGCGGCCUGGAUGAAUUUAGGAAUAGUCCUGGCUAGUAUGAAGAAUUAUGCAGAAGCAGAAACAGCCUAUAACAAUUCUCUGAAAUAUCGCAAACAGUGUCCUGAUUGUCAUUACAAUCUAGGAAAUUUGUAUUUGGAAUUAAAUAAAACUGAAUCGGCGACUGCUUCCUGGUUUCAAGCAAUACAGUUAAACCCGAAACAUAAAUCGGCGUGGACGAAUUUACUGGCUGUGCUUGACAAUAUAGGUGAUAUGGAAACAGCAUUACAGACAAUACCUAAAGCUCUCAAAGAACUACCCGAUACCCCAUCGGUUAUAUUUGCGAUCGCAAAUAUUUAUGGGAAAUUGGAUCAAUAUGAGAAGGCUGAGGAAUACUUUUUAAAAGCUAUCGAUUUAUUUAAAAACAAAGGGAAGCCAAUCCACUAUGCUAAUCUAGGAGUUCUCUACCAUCGUUGGAGAAAAUACGAUCUUGCAGAAGAAAUGUACGAAAAGGCAUUAGAACUUCAACCAUCGUUCAAGAGCGCUCGAACGAACUUGAACAGUCUAAGAAAACUGAAAAUGAAGAUUAAAUAA